GUGUCCCGAUUUCUAACCCGCGGAGUUAUAGACAAGGAGCACCCGCUCGAGGGCGCAGUCAUAUGCUUUACGUCGGUAUCGCUGGAGCAAAGGACUCAACUCAUUAGCGUUGCAAAGGAAAUGGGCGCAUCUGAACGACCGGAUUUAACAUCAGACGUGACCCACCUACUCGUUGGAGCGACCGACUCCCCAAAGUACAAGUUUGUGGCCCGUGAGCGGAACGAUGUGGCGGUGUUGAAGCCAGAAUGGAUCGAGGCUGUACGGCAGUCGUGGAUGCAGGGAGAGGACACGGACAUUCGAGCGUUAGAAGAACAAUACAAGGUUCCUGCGUUCUUCAACCUCACGAUUUGCAUUACCGGGUUCUCUGAUAUGGCCUUUCGGACCAAAAUGCAUGGCAGCGCCGUGGAAAAUGGAGCCGAAUUCCGCAAAGACCUGACCAAGAGCGUCACCCAUCUUAUUGCCCGAAAUACGGAGGGCGAGAAGUAUAGAUUCGCGACGCAAUGGAAUAUAAAGGUUGUGACCGUCAAGUGGUUCCACGACUGCCUCGAGCGCGGGAUGAUUCUCGACGAGGAGAAAUACCAUCCGAUGCUUCCACUGGAAGAGCAAGGCGUGGGCGCAUGGAAUCGAUCUUUUCCAGCGGCGAAGGCCCAUGCGGGGAAAGAAAGGUCUGCUGCCACAGACAGUUCUUCAAACCCCCGGCCUAGGAAGAAGUUGCGCCGAACUGCGAGCACCAAAUUGGUGGGCCAAAAUGAAAAUAUAUGGGGAGACAUCAUUGGUGCUGGCUUCGCGAAUAGCGAGACGACAGACGCAGGGACAAUCCAGACAGGGGAUAAUAUCGAGAAGCCUAAACCCUUUAUCCAAGCCGCAAAAUCUUUUGCGAGCGAGACAACCUUUAACGAAACCAUGGACAAUCGUCAUCAGUCGGAAGCACAUUCAAAAGUUCCUGAGGGCUUUCUUGAUGGGUCCUAUUUCUUUAUCAACGGCUUUUCUCCUAAGCAGAUGAGUGUCUUACGACAUCAUCUCCAAUUUAAUGGAGCCCAAUGUGUGGAAACACUGAGUGAAUUCUCUCGCCCGAGUAUACCCAAGACCGGCCAAGGACUGUACAUCAUUGUACCCUACAAAACAGACAUAUCAGAAAUCCCAUCGACCGAUGACCUGGCCUUUGAGUGUGAGAUUGUGACAGACAUGUGGCUGGAAAGGUGCCUCGAUGCCAGAGCACUGGUCUCACCAGAGUCGCAUGUUGCAAGCACGCCUUUCCCGAAAUUCCCCCUCCCAGGAUUCUCGGGAAUGCGGAUUUGCUCUACUGGCUUCGCGCGUAUCGAUCUUCUUCACCUCUCCAAGCUUGUGGAAUUGAUGGGGGCGACAUAUGACGAAUACCUUACAUCCAAAGCUUCCGUGUUGAUUUGCAAUGAUCCUCAAUCUGCCAGUCAUGAUAAACUACGGCACACUACCGAGUGGGGAAUCCCAGCAGUAUCCGCCGACUGGCUAUGGAUUUCCAUUCAGUCUGGCCAGAAGAAGCCAUUCGAGCCGUAUAUCGUCCGAAGACAGACAACGCAGAGCACUAGUAGCAUGUCAAAGCCAGCUCCAAACGAAUCGUCUCACCGUAACACUGGAAAAGUGCGGGACGAGCCUUCCCGAGGCUCCCCAGGCUCUCACAAAGAGAGAAUCGAUAAGCCCAAAUCAGCGAAAACCGGCAACACUCGAAUCAUGCCUAUCAUUGGCGACGGAUUCUCCCAAGAAGAGGAUUCCUUCGAGCCACCCAAACCAUCAGUCCCAGAAUCACGAUCUCCCUCGCCGGAAACGAUAGCAAGAAACCAGCCAUGCGAAGACCAGACCACCAACCAACCAGUACCAGACGAAGCAACUCCAGUCAUAGCUCCGUCCGCACUGGACACAGCACUAAAAGGUCUUCUCCAACAAGCCCAAGCCGCCAAAACCCGACAACAAAGCGAUAACACCUCCACCAACGAAGAAGACAGUCACCCUCAACAAAGAAAACGCAAGCCUCUUCUGGGUCGUGCACCAUCCCAUCAUUCAAAACCCGAAGCCACAGGCCCCUCUCGAGCCAGUUCAAUCGACACACUCAACGAUGACGGGCUAGGCACUGCCCUAGAAAGCGCCGACCCAACCCGCGACAACUCACUGUCCCGCACUGAUAGCCGCAACGGCCAAAGCCUCUCAUCCAUGUUCAGCAGUAGGAAGUUCGACUUCCUGGCUGAUAGACUUCCCGCCCAAAUUGAUGAUGAAGAUGAAGAGAAUCAGGAACCUCAGAUGACCCAGCUAGACUACGAGGAUGCUGAUGCGGCUGCUAUGAGGGCUGAGUUCCUGCGCGACGCCGGGAAGGACGUUGGAAAGAUGAAGAAGCCUGACGCGGGUUUGCUUGGUCAGGUUCGUGAGUUGGAAGAUGUUGGGUGGGGAUCUGGGCGGAGGACUAGGAAGCACAUUCCGAAACUCGAUGAUGAGUGA